UUUUAUCUAUAAUUUAUAUAACAGCGUAAAUAAUUAAAUUAAUAACAAUUAAAAAUCUCCCUUCAGUUUGAUAUAGUUUCUAUGAAACUUCAUCAGCGCUCUUUUAAACGAAAAAUCUAGUUAUUUCUUCCCGCCACCAGGUGGCGCUGUCUACCAGGCAUAACGCAGACGCGCGCAGCCUCCGGGUGACGGCCGGACCUGCUCGUGUAACAGCAAAUAAAUACAAUGUCGCUGGUUCGAUUCCUUUAAAGCCGGCACUAACAAUUUAAUACAAAUAUCAUGCAAGAGAAACAAAUGAGCUUCCAAUGAAAAAUAAAAAGUUAGAGGAGUUUUGCUCUGCGUUUCUGUCACUUAUAAAAAGCCCCGCGUGUGAGUCCGGUCCCGGCUUCAUACCGGGCGGCUCGGACACGAGCAGUGUCCGGUUGCAGAAAGGGCCCCGACACAAUCCCCCUCCGCCAUCAGCCAACGGUCUAUUUCUGUCCAGAGGCUCAGCUGAUUGUGGGCCUUGAAGAUUUUGGCCCUGCCUGCUUUUUCUUUUCUUUUUUUCCUUCUUCUUCUCUUGUCGUCAGUUCAGGCUCGUUGGGAGAGGAGGGGAGUUGUCUAACGGAGAGGAGAGUUGCUGCUGGAUGCUCACUGAGGGGAUGCGGCUCUGAAGGCGUCCACACACACACACACACACCGCCGGGGGGGAUUUGUUUGAUUGGUGUCUGGGUGUCUCCCUUCAUCCCUGCGUCACUGCCCCACGGCACGGCGACUGCGCCCUCACCUCACAGGCCCACGCGGUGCCCCUCUGUGUUCCUUCUUGGGUCUUUAAAAAAAAAAAACUCGGAACCAAGCAGAAGCGAACUCCAGUAACUGACCCGCUCGCCGGGUCCCCGCAAGAAGGAGGAUGGAGACGAGCCCCAUCCCGGUGCUGACGGUCCAAACCGCCCCCUUCGACGACCAGCGACCCGGCACCAACGGGCUGCGGAGGAAGACGGCGGUGUUCGAGGGCAAGAAGAACUACCUGCAGAACUACAUCCAGAGCGUGCUGUCCUCCAUCGACCUGCGGGACCGGCAGGGCUGCACCAUGGUGGUGGGCAGCGACGGCCGCUACUUCAGCCCAGCUGCCACCGAGGUGAUCGUGCAGAUGGCAGCUGCCAAUGGGAUUGGCCGUCUGGUAAUCGGUCAGAACGGCCUCCUGUCCACCCCGGCUGUUUCCUGCAUCAUCAGGAAGAUCAAAGCCAUCGGCGGGAUCAUCCUCACGGCGAGUCACAACCCCGGAGGCCCCGCUGGAGACUUCGGAAUCAAGUUCAACGUGGCGAAUGGAGGCCCGUCUUCGGACACCGUGAUGGAGAGGAUCUACCAGGUGAGCCGGAAGCUGGAGGAGUACGCAAUCUGCCCCGAUCUCCACAUUGACCUGUCCAGGCUGGGAAGACAAGAAUUUGACCUGGAGAACAAGUUCAAACCUUUCAGAGUGGAGAUCGUCGACUCGGUCGAGGUGUAUCUGCAGCUGCUGAGAAGCAUCUUUGACUUCAGUGCCAUUAAAAGUCUUCUCACAGGACCAGACCAGCUCAAGGUUCACAUAGAUGCCAUGAACGGAGUGAUGGGCCCCUAUGUACGCAGGAUCCUGUGUGAUGAGUUGGGAGCUCCCGCUAACUCUGCAGUCAACAGUGUCCCCCUGGAGGACUUUGGUGGUCAACCUCCGGAGCCCAACCUGACUUACGCCACCUCUCUGGUCGACGCCAUGAAGGAAGGCGACUUUGGCUUCGGAGCUGCAUUCGAUGCCGAUGGGGACCGCUACAUGAUCCUCGGAGAAAACGGCUUCUUCGUGAACCCGGCGGACUCGUUGGCCGUCAUGGCCGCCAACCUCUCCAUCAUCCCCUACUUCAGGCAGCUGGGAGUCAAGGGCUUCGCCAGGAGCAUGGCCACCAGCACGGCCCUCGACAGGGUUGCCAAAGCCAUGAAACUGGCGCUGUAUGAGACUCCCACGGGCUGGAGGUACUUCGGGAACCUGAUGGAUUCUGGGCGUUGUUCCCUCUGCGGGGAGGAGAGCUUUGGGACAGGUUCAGACCACAUUCGUGAGAAAGAUGGUCUGUGGUCGGUGUUGGUGUGGUUGUCCAUCAUCGCCGCCAGGAAACAGGGCGUGGAGCAGAUCGUCAGAGAACACUGGGCCAAGUUUGGGCGUAACUACUUCUGCAGGUUUGAUUACGAAGCCCUGGACCCGCGCACAGCCUUUUACCUGAUGAGGGAUCUGGAGUCGGUGAUCUCAGACAAAGCAUUCACCAGCCAGAAGUUUGCCGUGGGAGACCACGUCUACAGCGUGGAGAGGGCCGACAACUUUGAGUACAUCGACCCUGUGGACGGGACGGUGGCUCGCAACCAGGGUUUACGGAUCGUCUUCACCGAUGCGUCGCGCCUCGUGUUUCGGAUGAGCGGCAGCGGUGGGGGGACGGGGGCCACCAUCCGCAUUUACGCAGAGAGCUUCGAGAGAGACCCCGAGAGACACAGCAGAGAGACGCAGGUGGUGCUCGGUCCGCUCAUCGCCAUCGCCCUGAAGAUCUCCAACGUCCACGAGAGGACAGGGCGCCGUGGCCCUAACCUCAUCACAUGAGCCCCCAGGAAAACACACACACACACACACACACACACACACACACAUGCAUCUAGAUGCUCACACAUACAAAACAAAUAACCUUUCCUAUACUCAUUUGCCCCUCUCUGUCGCUUCAUGGUCAUUCAUUUUUCUGUUGUUCUUCAAAUGAUGACUAACCUGCGGGUCCUUAUCUCUCCAAAAGAAUUGUGUUUGAAUAAUCAAUAACGUAGAACAUUUAGUUUCCAAACCAUGCGGGCUAUUUAAUUAUUGCCAUGAAUAAAUAAUGCAAAAGACAGCAAACCUAUUAUGAAUGUGCAGACUGACUGUUGAUGUGUGUGGCUUGCAGUUAUAAAGAGUUAUUGACGAGGGACGCCUGAGAUAUUUUUGGUAUUCACCGUGCUGUUUUUGCUCGUACCUGUCCUCUCACAUGUGUCAUUUGUUUCAACCAUUUCAUGCAUUUAAUAAAGUAAUCCAUCUUUUG